AUGGCAAAUUACACUGUAGCAUUAGAAUUUAGAAGAAAUACUAGAAGUCAGGGUAUCACAGACCAUCGUUUUCCAAGUGAUCCAGAACUUCGUAAAUUGUGGAUUGUUCGCUGCAAAAAAGCAGAUAAUUUCAACAUCGAAAAUUCAAGAAUAUGUGCUCUCUAUUUUACACCUGAUGUACGGGAUCUAAAGGCAGAAUUGCUUGGUUCAACUUCUAAAAGGGUGCUGAAAGUCAAUGCUGUUCCCACCUUACAUCUUACAUCCUCAUCGCGUGAAAAUAACCCACCAAUAUGUUAUACUUCAAAAACUGAAGUUAAUCUGAAGAGAACGAUUUCUAACACGAAUUAUUCAUCCAAAUUUAUGCUAAAAAGAGAUAGAGCAAACAGGUGCCAGGCUCGCGAAAAUAAGGAAACGAGCGUUGGAAAAUUUAGCUUCCCCAAAAAAGAAAAGGCUAUAAGCUGA